AUGCAUCCUGCUCUUUGCACACUCCCACAUCAUCAGCCUCGCCAUUUUCUAGAGGCCGAAUCACGACUGAAUAACACCGGCCCCAUUACAGCAGGAUUAAAUCUAGCGGACCGUUACAGACAAGUGCAAACACAACGCUUUGCUGAAGCUGCCUAUGCUAGUGCAGAUUAUCAUGUGGCACGUGUCUGUACAGAAGUCACAACAGAAACUUCACCAAUUCUAUCCGGAUUCAAUCAAAGGAGACAAGACACAUUGGGAAAAGAGUUACGUGAACGAUGGGAGAAAGCUGUGACCAACGUGUCACGAUUCUAUGCAUAUGAAACUGUUGAUCGAAGAUCGAUAGCUAAACGGGCAGCAGCUGUUAAGGAAUUCAGUGAAGAAACGGCUCAAAUUAAUCGGCUUAUCGAUCGCUAUAACCUGAUAGUUCCGGCACUUCAUCUUCAACGGGGACACAAGAAUGCUGAGCAUGUUAUACAGAAACUCCGAACCACAAGGCCCAAAGAUCGUAAAUCCCAAUUCUCGUCUGAUACCCUGCCUCCAUCAAAACCUCAACCGCCCUCCGAAUCAGACGAUCCAGCCGAAGAGGCUAAGAAGCAAGUAAAGGGUUCACAAAAACAGAACAGUGACGAAGAGUCAAAUAGUGGCAAUCUUUUUGAUGCACGUUAUCUGGCCGAGAUCAUGCGUGAUUUCUAUCGUGAACUGGCCAGAGCGUAUGCAAGCAUGAUGCGUGGCUUCAAGAAUCACAGAUAG